AUGUUGAUUGGACUUCAGGCUGCAACACUUUUGGAGUGGGUUGCCAUACUCUCUUCCAGCGACGUGGAGCUUCUGGAUUACGGACGUGAGGAGAGUUACAUGUACGAACAAGGCUUUACGACUGUCCAGCAACGAUGGGCCCCCUGGUCUAGAGGAACUUCUGGUAGAACUCGAUUCUCUCUUAUUGGCAUCACCUAUGGUUCCCGUCCGAAGCACUGGAGGAUAUGGUGGGCAUAUGAGUACGAAGAUUACGCAGGAGAGUUUUGGAACAUGGUACAGGACGAGGCACACAAGAUGCCUGGUGCCUGGGUUGAUGACUCUUGGGAUCCAGAUGACUAUGAUCAUGAGGAGUGGGAUAUGUGGGAAGCAUGGGAAAAGGAGCAACCCACCCCGCUGAUUUGGUCCGAGUAUCGCAAGAUUCAGCCGCCCAUUUGA